GAGCGCCGCAGAGAUAUGGGGUCCAGGGCUCUGGUCGUGACUUGUUCGCGAUGCUGCAGUUUCUUCGCAGCGUAGGAUCUCAGGGAACGAGCUGGCCAUGACCAAGAUGUCGCGGGAUCUUGUCGACGCCGAUUUUGGCCAUGGUCCAUGCCAGCGUUUGCCAAGCCGUGAGGCUGUUGUCCACGAGUCGGAGGUAAUCAUGAUGUACGGUGACCGAUCCGUAGCCAUUUUGGCUCAAGGUCGGCGGCUCAGAUAGAGCCUGGCCUCCGUUUCUCAGAGCCUCGCCUGAUUCUAGUGGUGUUGGCCCUCCGCGAUGGCUGCCGCCGUCGCCUCCCCAGAUGUGCUCCGCCUGGGCGACGGCACCGAGAUCAGCCUCGCCAAGGUGCCUGGCGUUGAUGAGUCCACAUGGGGCGAGGUGAAGGACUACUUGCAGGGCAACCCGGACGUGGCCAAGAAGCUGCAGGCCUUCUCGAAGGACCCCGAGGCGAUGCGAGGCUGGCUGCAGACGCAGGCCAUGUCGGACCACUACCAGAGGAAGCUGGGGGGCGCCGACGACGAGGUGCAGAGCCGCAUGAGGGCGCUGGAGCAGGACCCGGAGCUCGCCCCCAUCAUCGAGGAUAUCAAGAAGCACGGGAUGGAGGCAGUCAUGAAGCACUACCAGGACGAGGAGCUGAUGCUCAAGUUCAGCAAGGCCAUGGGCGGGGUGCCGGAGGAGCUCAAGCCCGCGCUGAAGAAGAUCGACGAGACGCCCCUCUCGAUGCACGAGGCGGCCAAGAUGGGCGACCUCAAGGCAGUCCAGGAGCACAUUGAGAAGAAGAGGCCACUGGACACCCAGGACCUGAGGGGCAUCACUCCGCUGGGCUACGCCGUCGGCGGAAACCGUAUCGCCGUCGUCAAGUUGCUGCUGGACAGCAGGGCCAAUCCAUUCGCGGUCGACUCCAAUGGCAACUCCGCGCUUCACUACGCGGCUGGCUACGGGCGCAAGGAGUUGGUAGAGUAUCUGCUCAAGACAGGUGGCAGCGUGGCGCAGGCCAACGCUCAGGGCCGGAAGCCGCUCGACGUCGCAACGCAGAACAGGCACGAUGCUGUGAUCCAGGUUCUGCGGGCUCACGGGGCGCAGUGAUCUGUUAUCUUUAUUGUUCGCCGACGCCUUCAAGUUGUGCUCGUCUGCUUUUUGUGUCGCGUUCGCACGGCCGAUCGGCCAGGCGCACGUCGAAAUGUGUGCCCGUGGUUAGAUGUUUUUUUUUUUUAACUUGUGGAGGGAUGCCCUGGAGCGCCUCCCAAAGUCGACGGCUACCUCACUCGGUGAGCAGCCGUGCGUCUACAUGACAGGCGUGCGUAAAGCCUGCAGAGUUCGAUGAACUCCCCCAAAAACGCACAGUGACCGAGAUUGACACGGGCGUUCUGCGUACAGUCUUGAUCAUGGCCUUUCCCAGACCUGCGACGUCUUGACUUCUCCAUACGGGGUCCCUGGAGCUCUGGGCCCGUCCCAUCCGGUCGGCUCUUCAUCCCGAGUGUCUGUUUGUU